AAAUAGAAAAUAGAAUGGCGGAGGGAGACUCGGAAGAAUAAAGCUGGAAACCGCAUUUUUACGUUCACUUACAACUCUGCUUGGACGCCGUCGCUCUCGAUUUGAAGUCAUGAAAGUCCGUGCUUCAGUGAAAAAGAUGUGCGAGUUUUGUAGGACGGUGAGGCGUCGAGGUCGAGUGUAUAUAUACUGCUCUGCCAAUCCCAAACACAAGCAACGCCAAGGCCUAUCAACAUUUGCAAGUGAAGCUCCAUCUCCUUCCUUGUUCUCCAGAAGUGAGGUGAAGCAAGAGAUUCUUCCCAGUCAUAGCUCGCGAACAGGGCUAGCCUCUCUCAUCCCCCAAAAGCACGAGCCAACAAUGUUGUUUGGUUGGAGAAUGGGUCUGGCUUCAAUUCUGUGGAAGAAACAAAAUUAGAGCUUAGUCGACACAAGGACUGAUUUUGUGUGCCAUGGCAAUGCUGCUGCUACAUUGAUAAUUAUUAGUUACUCUUUGAACUUCUUUCGUGAUAAAAGAUGAAGCACUUCUUCUCUCAGAUUUGUUCUAUUUGAACUGGUUUUGAUACUUAGAAUGAGAGGAAUAGAUGUUGUUACUUUGGAUAUCAAAAUAACAUUUAAACAACUUUCGACCUGCAAA